GUCAACCACUCAUUGCACAUUGCAUCUUGCGUUAAGUUGUCUGGGUUGGUCUCUGCCCCCCCACCCAUUGCCGGUUAGUCGACCGAUCAAGUAGAGGAAAACACGUGUAGACCCACACACCCACAUAAACACACGUGCACCCCAAAUUCACAGAUACACGAAAGAGUCCUCACGCGCACGCCUUCCUGCCGGUUAGCCAGCUGCCUGCCUCUUACUGCCAUCAACACAUCCACACACACACAUACACACAUAUGAACGCACACACACGGAUGCACAGAUGUGUAGUAACUGCGAUUGGUAGGGAUGCAAGCAAGUAUACUUCCGGUGUUGUGUUAUUUUCCACAGACAGAUCUCAACAAAACAGAAGAGAAAGGCCAAACACAUGUGGUGUGGCGUAUGCAAUGUGCGAUCUCUCUCACACGGUGGGUAUGCAGGGGUGGAUGGUGUCAGCAGCCCAGUGGUGUUAUGCAUGUCGGGUGUCUCUCGGCGUGUAAGACGAGAUAGAGACCCAUUGAGGAUGAAGUCAUCAUGUCCAUCGCAUCUCAGCAGCAGAAACACGCACAGAAGACCAACAGAAGCUCCCCCUUAUCCCUCCCCCAGCUCAUCCCACUGCGACUGUCCCAACAAGACGAAAAAAGCCACACAUGAACCUUCUUCAGUAAUGUGUGUUGUGCUACCCUCCCCGCUGGCUGGCUGGCCGGCUGAUCCAUCAGAAAAACUCCCUUGCCGCACGCACACACAUGGAUGGAUCUAGGCAACUCACCUCCACGCAUGGCACAUGCAGGAUGAGAAAGCGGCCAGCGAAUGCAAUGAGCCACCCAUCUACUCUACCGGACCAGGACCGCUGUCUCUCCCCGGACAUGCGUAUCUCACGUAGCAUGGCCCCGUCGAAUUUAGCCGCCCACAUGUGUUCUUGUGGGUGGCCAUAUCCGAUGGGGUCACAACACGACGGACACGCACUCGGGAUGAGGGGGACCCGCGGCAACACAAAUAUGUCAGUCGAACGAAGGGAAAGAGGUGAGGACGCGUCCGUGUUGUGUCUGUGAAACAGGUGUGAAAUAAACAAACGAAAAAAGACAGGUGCGGGUGUGAAAGAAAGAGUGGGCCAUCGAUGCAUCCCUCCCUCCCUCCCUCUCUGCCGAUCAGGGCCCCAUUGCGGUGUGUGUGGUGUGGUUCGGUUGCCACAUGACAUCACCACUGGGCUGUGGGUGUGUCGCCCGGCUCCACAGAAAACACCUGCACACAGCCACACAAACACACACAUAAACAGGCAACACGUGGGUGUCUGUAUGUGUGUGCGUCCAUGUGUGUACCUCUCUGAGUAUGGGUUCGUAUUGGGUCUCGCCGCCCCGCAGACUGCGCCGCUGCACACACCGCAUCACGUCGCGGAAACGGGGGUCUCGCGUGCUGCUGAUGCCCUGAUGCACCCACACACCACACACACACAUGCUCAUAAGCUUCCUGUGUGUUCUGUGCUGUGGUGUGUUCCCACCAGGUCUGUGAGCAUCUCCCGGAGCGUCUUGAGCGCCUGCAUGGAGAGGUUGUGUCCGCUCUGCAGGCUGACGAUCUUGCGGAACUCCAGGAACGCCGCCACACUCGGAUCCUCAUCAGCACCGAACACCUGAAUGUCGAACAACAGCCACCCACAAUGCGUCAUAUGUGCACCAACUAUGUCUGCGGUGGUGUGUGUGGCGUGAUGCGACCUACCUUGAUGUUCAUUUCCUCCGUUUCCGGGAAGUUGAUGUAUCCGAAGUCCACGUGCGACUGGGCCACGUAGUCGGAUGACGGCACCAACGUGGAGGGGGAACUGGCGGGGUCCUCCGAAUACUGCACACACAUACACACAUACAAACACAAAUGCGGACGAGUGUGCGUGUCUGCGUACCCGCUCGUGUCGCGGGAUGACGAUCGGCCGCAUCGCAGAUGGCGUCACAACCGAGGGAGUGACGGGGCUGCGCACACACACGCAUGCAAAUGCAGAGGAGACGAGAUCACCACCCAUACACGUGUUGGCGUGCGUGUCGUGUGUGUGUGUGUGGGUCACCUGGUGGUCUCGCUCCGUGCCCGCUGCGGGAGUGUGGGUCCGAACGUCUCCACGCCAAACGACGAGAAGUCAUCCAGGUAGUGGUGCUGCUGAGAACGGGCACGCUUCAACUCCUGGGCAAACAGCGGGUCGUGCGGCGACAGAAUGCCUGACAAGACAACACAUCAGGCCAUGGCAGGCACACGAAGCGUCUCCCCGGCUCUCUCUCGCCCACCUUGGUUUUUGAGUUUGUCCGCCAGCCGCUGCGCCUCGAGGGGCGUCAGCCGCUCGCCCAGAGCCUGCACACACCACACACAUGCGACCGUACACCUCCGACGUGCCUGUCCUCGCCAUCGCACCUACCUUCUCGAGAGGCUCUCUGAUGGUGAAGGGGUCGUACUCCGUCAGAUACAUAAUGACAAAACCGUCAGGAGGGGACUACAAUGCGAUAUAAGGCUGUCAACAGCUUGGAAGAGGCUUCUCA